GCAGGAAGUGAGUUUGCGAGCGGAGCAGCUGCUGCAGGUCUCAUGGCAGACACCCAGUACAUCCUGCCUAAUGACAUCGGCGUAUCCAGCCUGGACUGCCGAGAGGCCUUCCGCCUGCUGUCACCCACAGAGCGCCUCUAUGCCCACUACCUGUCCAGGGCUGCCUGGUACGGAGGCCUGGCCGUGCUGCUGCAGACAUCCCCAGAGGCGCCCUACAUCUAUGCCCUGCUCAGCCGCCUCUUCCGUGCCGAGGACCCCGACCAGCUGCGCCAUCGCGCCCUAGCCCAAGGCCUGACCGAGGAGGAGUACCAGGCGUUCCUGGUCUAUGCUGCAGGGGUCUAUUCCAACAUGGGCAACUACAAGUCUUUUGGUGACACCAAGUUUGUUCCCAACCUCCCCAAGGAGAAGCUGGAAUGUGUGGUCCUGUGCAGCGUGGCUGCCCAACAGUAUCCAGAAGAAGUCAGGAGGCUCUGGCAGAACUGUGGGGACCUCAUGUUCUCUUUGGAGCCAAGGCUUCGACACCUUGGGCUGGGGAAGGAGGGAGUCACCACCUAUUUCUCUGAGAAUUGUACCAUGGAAGAUGCCAAACUGGCCCAAGACUUUCUGGACUCCCAGAACCUCAGUGCCUACAAUACGCGGCUAUUCAAGGAGGUCGACCGGGAUGGGAAGACCUCCUAUGAGGUGCGGCUGGCGUCCAUGCUCUACAAAGAUCCUUUUCUAGACUCGGAAGUGACUCCCAAGCCGAAGAACUAUGAAUUUCGGGGGAGCCAUUUCCAGGUGACACGGGGAGACUAUGGCCCCAUUCUCCAGAAGGUGGUAGAGCACUUGGAGAAAGCCAAGGCAUACGCAGCCAACAGCCUCCAGGAGCAGAUGCUGGCCCAGUACAUGGAGAGCUUCACCCACGGCUCCAUCGAGGCCCACAAGAGGGGCUCCCGCUUCUGGAUCCAGGACAAAGGCCCCAUUGUGGAGAGUUACAUCGGCUUCAUCGAGAGCUAUCGAGACCCCUUUGGUUCCCGAGGAGAGUUUGAAGGCUUUGUGGCCAUGGUGAACAAGGCCAUGAGUGCCAAGUUCAAGCGGCUGGUGGCCAGUGCUGAACAGCUGCUGAAGGAGCUACCCUGGCCACCAGCCUUCGAGAAGGACAAGUUCCUCACCCCUGACUUCACCUCCCUGGAUGUCCUCACCUUCGCUGGCUCUGGCAUCCCUGCUGGCAUCAACAUCCCCAACUAUGAUGACCUGAGGCAGACAGAAGGCUUUAAGAACGUAUCUCUGGGAAACGUGCUGGCUGUGGCCUAUUCCACACCUCGAGAGAAGCUCACGUUCUUGGAGGAGGAGGAUAAGGAUCUGUUCACCCGCUGGAAGGGGCCCUCCUUCGAUGUGCAGGUGGGCCUGCACGAGCUGCUGGGCCACGGCAGUGGCAAACUCUUCGCUCAGGAUGAAAAAGGAACUUUCAACUUUGACCAGGAAACAGUGAUCAACCCUGAGACAGGGGAGCAGAUUCAAAGCUGGUACCAGAGUGGGGAGACGUGGGACAGCAAGUUCAGCACCAUCGCCUCCAGCUACGAAGAGUGCCGGGCUGAGAGUGUGGGCCUCUACCUCUGCCUCAACCCUCAAGUGCUAGAGAUCUUUGGCUUCAAAGGGACAGAUGCAGAAGAUGUGAUCUACGUGAACUGGCUCAACAUGCUUCGAGCUGGGCUGCUGGCUCUGGAGUUCUACACCCCAGAGACCUCCAGCUGGCGACAGGCUCACAUGCAGGCCCGGUAUGUGAUUCUGAGAGUCUUGCUGGAAGCUGGCCAGGGACUCGUAACCGUCACCCCCACCAUCGGCUCUGAUGGACGUCCUGAUGCCCGUGUCCGCCUGGACCGUAGCAAGAUCCGGUCUGUGGGCAAGCCCGCCUUGGAACGGUUUCUACGGAGACUCCAGGUGCUCAAGUCCACGGGGGAUGUGGUUGCAGGGCGGGCCCUGUAUGAGGGGUAUGCAGCCGUCACCAAUACGCCCCCCGAGUGCUUCCUCACCCUCAGGGAUACAGUGCUGCUGCGCAAGGAAUCUCGGAAGCUCAUUGUGCAGCCGAACACUCGCCUUGAAGGUUCAGAAGUGCAACUUCUAGAGUAUGAAGCCUCAGCUGCAGGCCUCAUCCAGUCCUUCUGUGAGCGUUUCCCAGAGGAUGGACCUGAGUUGGAGGAGAUCCUCACCCAGCUGGCCACUGCAGACGCCCGAUUCUGGAGAGACUCCACCAGGACCCCGUUAUCCUACUAGGCUUGAGAGAUCAGUGUGGCUCCUUUCCCCACUGAGUCACCUUGUGCUGUUAUGUGUAAUUGGCAGGAGCUGGGACUUUGGUGCUACCUCAGCAGAGGGAGGUGACACUAAUUGCUCCUGUCAGGACUUUCCAAUUUACUGAGUGCUUCCCCUCUGCUGCUUGAUCGCACUGCCAUCUGUGGAGUGAGCACAACAGGGCCUCUAGUCCAGUUUUCAGAUGAGGAAGUGGUAGUUCUGAGAUGUGACUGGUCUAGAUCGCACUGGUGGUAUGUGACAGAGCCAGGGCUUAAAAAUGCUCUCACCAAAUCCAAUGCUCUUCAUGUAUUACUUUUAUAAGCAGAAAAAAAUAAAUAAUCUGA